CAAAAUCAGCAGCUAGGGAUGUUCUGGUUGAAAAAGACGGUAUCUUUCCAUUAAUUUCUCUUCAUUCCAUCCAUUCUCGUUGUCGCGCUCCUGAUUCUAGAGCUUUGAUUGGGGAAAGUUGGGGGUUUCAGUGAACAUGGUAGCUUUGUUGAAAAUUUCAAUUUAUUGGGCUUAGGAUCGAGAUGCGAAUGUUGUGAGCUGGGGUUUGAUUCUGAGGCCUGAUCUUGUUCGAUUACGGCUGUGGCAAUUUCUUACCACUUUGCAUUGUAGUCUUGAAGUUAUUUGGAUUUCCCUCCGGAGUUGGGGCUUGAUAUGGAAGACAAUCGCUCAAAAGCUGUGGUCAAUGCUCAUAGUGAAUCUGAAGAAGAGGAAGAGGUGUCAGAGGCUGAAGCUAAAGGACUGGAACUAGACCUUGCAUUGGGGAGAAGCCCGUGUGCUCCAGGAUCAUCUUCAACUGCUGCCCAGAGAAUUCAGGGAUCACUGUUUCCGUUUGAACUGGCUGUUGGAAGCUUUAAUCUAGUUCGGGAUGUCCCUCCGACUGGCAAACAGGGAAAGGACUUAAGAAUAGGUUUGGAAAGGGAUAGAGAUUAUAAGAGGCUGAAGCUUUUUCGCUUGACUGGGAUAACGGAACACUGUUCCUCAGAUAAUGAAGCAUCUGCUCCACUUGUUUCUUGGGAUCUCAAUUGUCCUCAAGCUUCAUUAAUCCCAUCUGAUACUAUAAGCAGUGGUAAAAGUAGAGAUCAGGCUGCUGCUGGUAGCGAACUGUCAAUGAACUCCAAUGAUGGUGGAGUUGAUGAUGGGAAAAAGCCUAAUGCCAGCAAUGCAGAAGAUAUAGAGAUCAGAAUGGAUCUUACUGAAGAUCUGUUACACCUUGUUUUCUCCUUUUUGAGCCAAAAAGAUUUAUGUAAAGCCGGUGCAACCUGCAAGCAGUGGCAAGUAGCUAGUAUGCAUGAGGAUUUCUGGAGAUGCUUAAAUUUUGAGGAUACAGAAAUCUCCGAGCAUAAUUUUGAGUCUAUUUGUCAGCGUUACCCAAGUGCCAAUAGAGUGAAUUUAUCUGGUGUUUAUAACUCCGAUGUGCUUGCUACAGAGGCCAUAACUUCUCUUAGGCGUCUUGAAACUCUAGUUUUGGGGAACGGGCAGCUUGGAGAUGGUUUCUUCCAUGCUUUAACAGACUGUCCUGCAUUGAAUAGCUUGACUAUAUGUGAUGCAUCACUUGGUAAUGGCAUUCAAGAUAUCGCCAUAAACCAUGACAUACUACGAGAGCUUAAUAUUGUCAAGUGUCGUGUUCUCCGCAUUUCUGUCAGAUGUUCUCAACUUCAGACUUUGUCACUGAGGCGCAGCAGCAUGGCUCAUCUUGUGCUUACUUGUCCUCAACUGCAUGAAUUAGAUUUGUCUUCUUGCCACAAGUUAUCUGAUGCUGGAAUCCGUGCAGCAGCUAUAACUUGCUCGUUACUCGCAUCAUUAGAUUUGUCAUCUUGUUCAUGUGUGAGUGACGAGACUUUGCGCGAAAUAGCUUUUGCAUGUCCUAGUCUCUCUCUUCUUGAUGCAUCGUAUUGUCCCAACAUCUCUCUUGAGUCUGUAAGACUGCCGAUGUUGAUGGAUUUGAAACUUCAUAGCUGUGAGGGUAUCACUUCAGCUUCAAUGUCUGCAGUUUCUUAUAGCCGUAUGCUAGAGUCAUUGCAGCUCGAUAACUGCGGACUGUUAACAUCUGUCAUUUUGGAUUUGCCCCAUCUGCGGAGCAUCAGUCUUGUACAUUGUCGCAAGUUUGUAGAUUUGAAUUUGCGGUGCCCUGUUCUUUCUUACAUCAAGGUUUCAAAUUGUUCAGCACUUCUCCGCAUCAAUAUCACAUCGCAUGCACUUCAGAAACUUAUACUGCAAAAGCAAGAAAGGCUAUCCACUCUGUCAUUGCAAUGCCACAACUUGAGAGAAGUGGAUCUUAGUGAUUGUGAAUCUCUAACCAAUGCUAUCUGUGAAGUUUUUAGUAAUGGUGGAGGUUGCCCAAUGCUUAGGUCAUUGGCCCUUGACAACUGCGAGAGGUUAACUGCAGUUGGAUUACGCAAUAGUUCUCUGGUUAGUCUCUCUCUUGUUGGUUGCCAUGCUAUGACUGUCCUUGAUCUGUCAUGUCCUGGUCUUCUAACAGUAAACCUUGAUGGGUGUGACCAUCUAGAGAAAGCUUCAUUUUGUCCUGUUGGUCUCGAGUCCCUUAAUUUAGGAAUAUGUCCGAAGCUAAGUGUAUUACAGAUUGAAGCACCAAAAAUGUCAGUUUUGGAGCUUAAGGGUUGUGGUGUAUUGGCUCGAGCAUCAAUAAGCUGCCCUUCUUUGGUGGCGUUGGAUGCUUCUUUCUGCAGACAGCUUUUGGAUGAUUCUUUGGCUAUGACAUCAGCUUCUUGUCCUAUGAUCGAAUCUCUAGUAUUAUCCUCUUGCUUAUCCAUAGGAGUUGAUGGGCUUUCUUCGUUGCAUUCGCUGCAAUAUUUGACACUACUUGAUUUGUCGUACACAUUUUUGACUAAUUUGCAGCCCAUUUUUGACACUUGCUCACAGUUAGUGAUCUUAAAACUUUCAGCAUGCAAGUUCUUAAGUGACUCAUCUUUGGAUGCACUCUACAAGGAAGGGGCCCUUCCUGCUCUUCGUGAGUUGGAUUUGUCGUAUUCUUCCAUUGGACAGUCUGCAAUUUUAGGACUUCUUGCUUCUUGUGGAAAUCUUGUCAAUGUGAACUUAAAUGGUUGUGCAAAUAUGCAUGAUCUUGUUUGGGGCUCUAGCAAUUGUCAUUCCAAAGAGAUAAUUGCUGAUAUCUAUCCAUCAAAUUUGGUAUCUUUGAGAAGCGAGGAUGAGUGUUUUAGGAAGACUGAGCAUUUACUAGAGACCCUCAACUGUAUUGGAUGUCCCAACAUUAAGAAGUUUACAGUCACGUCUUCAGCGUGCUGUUUUCAUCUAUCUAAGUUAAACCUUAACUUGUCUGCUAAUCUGAAGGAAGUGGAUCUAGCAUGCUUCAAUCUCAAUAGUCUUAAUUUGAGCCAUUGUUGCUCCUUGGAGAUCUUGAAGCUUGAUUGCCCCAGAUUGAUGAACCUUCAGCUUCUGGCUUGUACAAUGCUAUCAGAGGAGGCGUUAGAAGUUGCCAUUUCUCGCUGUAACAUGUUGGAAGUUAUCAAUGUUCAUUCAUGCCCUAAGAUACAUGCUGCAUACUUGGACAGACUGCGCUUUGUAUGUCGCAGUCUCAAACGCAUCCAGAGCAGCCUAUCAGCAUAAUUUCAGGUGAUCUCAACCGACGAGUGAUUCAUAUAGCAAAUGCUAUUUAAACAAUCCUAUGAGAUUUAUAACAUGGGGGUUGCCUUGUUGUUCUCUUGUUGUACAUAUUCUAUCUUCCCUCUUCUCUUCUGAGCUCGGUCAUAAAGCUGAAUUAGUGUUGUAAUGUUAUAGCUUUGAAAAAAGUAUUGCAGUGUUAUUUGCUAUUAUUUCUGUAGCUGAUCCCGCAGUCUUUGUUGUUGGCAUUGAAAAUUAGUUACUGACAAUCUUUUGACAUCCAUCUCUGUAAGAAGUUAUUUGUAUUAUCAUCUGUCAUUUUGAGGAUUUGAUAUUGUUGGCUUUGAAUGA